AUGAAUUCAAACGACUCGCCCAUUGCAAUUGUUGGCGGCGGCGCCUGGGGCCUGUCAACCGCCCAGCAUUUGACGAAUGCUGGUUACACCAACAUUACAGUGUACGAGCGGGCCGAAAAAAUCCCAUCCCCUUACUCUGCAGCAUGGGAUAUCAACAAGAUUAUCCGUGCGGAAUAUGAAGACCCAUUCUACACAAACUUGACAUUGGUGAGUCCGCCCACUUGCCUCAGCUUUGAAGCGAUCAAGCAAUGGAAAACCCCGCUGUAUGGCCCAUACUUCCACCAAACCGGAUACGUAGUCGCGGCCACUGGCAGAGCACCCGCGAAAGCAGUCAAGCAUCUGGAAGAAGCCCUUUCCAACGUGGAAGACCACCCGGCCUUCAAAUCUGGAAUCCGGAGACUGGAGAGUCCCCAAGACUUCAAGGAUUAUACGUGGCAGUACACCGGUCCAUUAAACGGAUGGAAAGGUUACUACAACCGAUUAGCGGGCUAUGGUCAUUCCGCCGAUGCGCUCAAAGGCAUUUGGGAACACUGCGCGAGAAUCGGUGUCAAAUUCGUGCUUGGCGAGAGCGCGGGAAAGGUCGAAAAAUUGCUGUAUUCUGGCUCACGGUGUGUUGGUCUUGAGACUGCCGAUGGCAAGAAGCACAAGGCCGAUCUGACCAUAUGUGCCUUGGGCGCACAUGGCGCGGAUCUGCUUCCUGGUCUGGGCAAAUUUGUCAGUGCCCGCGCCUGGUCGGUUGCGCACGUUCAGCUGAAUGAGGAUGAAGCAAACUUCCUCCGAGGCAUUCCAACUACCAAUGUGCGAGAUCUGGGGUUCUUCUUCGAGCCGGAUCCAAAGACUAAGCUGUUCAAGCUAUGUCCUUUGGGUGUUGGUUUCACAAAUACGGGCUCUGAUGGCGUCUCUCGGGCACCAAGAGAGCGUUUGCCUCCACCGCAAGAUUUCAUCCCUGCCGAAGAUGAACAAAAGCUCAGACAGUUGCUGAGAGAAACAUUUCCGUGGAUGGCUGACCGGGCCUUCGUGGAGCAAAAGCUGUGCUGGUUUGCAGAUACUGCGGAUUCCGACUACUGUAUCGACUUCGUUCCAGGCACCCAGAAUUCAGUGGUUGCGCUAUCGGGCGACUCGGGACAUGGCUUCAAGAUGAUGCCAAUCGUCGGCACGUGGGUGGCGCAGCUGCUUGGUGACGGCAAGCAGUCGGAGCAACGCUGGAAGUGGAAGUCGGUUGACCUCACGAAGCAGAAUUGGGGCGAGAAGGUGAGUUGGCGUAUUGGCAAGGGUGCAGAGCUGAGAGAACUAGUCAAGGCCAAGGAGAAGCUCAUCCGGGCGAGGUUGUAA